GCGCCGUCAGUCUGGUCCGGGCAUGCAGGAGGCAGCACGGCACGGCGGCGUGUGCGUGCGUGCGUGCGUGCGUGCGAUGUGCGUGAACGGAGCUGCGCCGCACUCGUCUCAUUGAUUCGAGGGUCUGUUCGCGCGUCGGGAGGACAUGCGCUGACGCUGGGAAUUAACUGGCGCAGACACUGGGAACUCUGGGAGCUUGAGUGGAGGGCAAGCUGACACCGGCGUUCGAGGGUGCGCGGAGGAUCAUCAUGAGGUCGGUGAGAGACGCCGCCGCUCUGAUGUGGGGAUGCUGGUGACGCAGCUGCUUAGCGACAGUUGAAUCAUGGGGAAUGUGGAGAGUCAGAAUGGAGUUAGUGGUUUCCAUGACGAUGUGACGGGACAUCUCUCCCGUAAACACACGUCUCGCUCGCUCCGUGUCUCCGGCAAGCAGACGGUCACCCGCCGCUCCCGGCACGCUUCCUCUGUGAAGCAGGAACACAGGAACUCGGAGGCCUCCACUCGCUCGUCCAGCACGCCCAGCAUUCCACAGUCCUUGGCCGACAACGGUCUGGAGCCUUUCAGCGCCACAGAUGCGUUCGGCGAGUUCGGCAUCAACCCGCACUGGUCGCAGCGUGUUGCCAUGACGAUGAGGCCAGAGUCCUUCCAGCAAGACGACGACCCUUUGGCCACACCAACUCCUGAGACCUCGGAGGCGGACACUGUCGCCCAGGACGAUGCUGAGGACUCCAUGGGGGAGGGGGAGGGGGAGGGAGACGCUCUGGAGGGAGGACGCUACCUCCAGCGAAUGUCUGAAACCCCCGAGGAGGGAGGAACUUUUAAAAAGAAGCGCUCAAAGUCGGCGGACAUGUGGCGAGAGGACAGCCUGGAGUUCUCGCUGUCGGACCUGAGCCAGGAGCAUCUGACCAGCACCGAGGAGAUGAUAGACGGAGCGGAGGAGGAGGAGGAGGAGGAGGAGGAGGAGGAGGAGGGGGGGCCGUUCACACGGCCCAGAGGCAGUGCAGGCGCGGCCGAAAGGGCGUCGUCUCUGGACCACCUGUGCAGCCAGCAGAGUCCGGGCCCCAGGGGCCAGAGGGGCCGCCACGGCAGAAACCGGAGGGAGGCUGAGCGCGCCGGAGCCGGGGCCGGGGCCGGGGCCGGGGCCGGGGCCGGGGCCGGGGCCGGGGCCGGGGCCGGGGCCGGGGCCGGGGCCGGGGCCGGGGCCGGAGAAGGCGACGGGCGGCCCCUGUCUCCGGACGAGCACGACGACGCCGGCGGCUACGGCGCCUUCACGCUCCCGUGCAGACGCUCCCAUUGCCUGUCGGAAGGCUUGGAGGCGCUGGGCAUCGCGGCGGCACCGCGGCCGGCGUUCCAGGGACGACGCGCACAAACCACUCAGGACAUCUCGGGCGUUUUGGGGGAGGGGAGCGAGUACGGCGACAGUGGCAUCGACGGCGUCGCCGCGGAGAUCGAUGGGGACGGAGAGCUGGUGUCGCGGCGCUGCAAGGCCAUGUCGGCCUCCUUCUCCGUGUACUCGGCGGCCGAGAGCAGCGUCUUCAACGGCAGCGACAGCGGCAGCAGCAGCGCCGGCGGACUGGACGGGAGGGGCUGCGAAGGCGGCCGCGGGGGCGUGUACGAGAACUUCCGGCAGGAGCUGGACAACCAGGCCUGGACGCAGCGGCGGCGCGACUGCGCGGAGGAGGCGGGCUCUGCUGUGAGUGACGAGCAGAGCAGCGGCACGCUGAGCAGCGUCUACCCGUCGGACGUCCUGAUUGGCUGCGCACAGGGAACCGUCCGGAAAGCGGGGGCUCUGGCUGUGAAGAACUUCCUGGUUCACAAGAAGAACAAGAAGGUGGAACCUGCAACGAAGCGCAAGUGGAAGCACUACUGGGUGUCUUUGAAAGGCUGCACCCUUUUUCUGUACGAGUCGGCCGGUCGCUCAGGCAUCGACCACAACAGCGUUCCCAAACACGCUCUGUGGGUUGAGAACAGCAUCGUCCAGGCUGUCCCCGAACAUCCCAAGAAAGACUUUGUCUUCUGCCUCAGCAACUCGGUGGGGGACGCGUUCCUCUUCCAGACGUCCGGCCAGACGGAGCUGGAGAACUGGAUCACCGCCAUCCACUCGGCGUGCGCCGCGGCGCUGGCCCGGCAGCACCACCGGGAGGACACGGUGCGGCUGCUGCGCACCGAGAUCCGCAAGCUGGAGCAGAAGAUCGACAUGGACGAGAAGAUGAAGAAGAUGGGGGACAUGCAGCUGUCCACCGUCACGGACAUGAAGAAGAGGAAGACCAUCCUGGAGCAGAUUUUCCUGUGGGAGCAGAACCUGGAGCGCUUCCAGAUGGACCUGUUCCGCUGCCGAUGCUACCUGGCCAGUCUGCAGGGCGGCGAACCCCCCAACCCCAAGCGCCUGCUGGGUUUCGCCUCGCGUCCCACCAAGCUGAUCAUGGGCCGACUGGGCAUCUUCUCUGUUUCCUCCUUUCACGCGCUGGUGUCGGCUCGUACGGAGAGCAGCAAAGCGAAGCGGAACCAGGCCGUGCCUCGUACCUUCAGUAAGCGCCGCAGCCGCUUCUCCUCCCUCUGGGGGCUGGACACGACCUCUAAGAGGAAGACCAAGGGUCACCCGUCCAUUAACCAGGUGUUCGCUGAUGAGCCUGUAAGAAAACCCCUGGAGCGCAUGUUUGAAGACUCUGCCAGUGAGAAAUCUAAGGACAGGGAGAGCGCCGCCAAAAGUCUUCCCCAGCACAACGAGAGUGACAUUUGGGUUCCCGACUACCUGACGCCCUCCUGGGUCUGUCUGCCCAGCGAUCGGCCCGUUCUGGCCAUCGUGCAGCCCGCGGAGGCGGCGCUGGACGUGCUGCGCGCCGUGUGCAAGUCCCAUAAUAUCGACCCUUCCAGUCACUACCUGCGUCUGAAAGUAUGGGCCGAUAACCAAACGCUCCUGUACGUUCCCAAACCCGAGGAAGACAUCUGUGACGUGCUUUAUAAAGAGAUUGAGAUUUGCCCCAAAGCUACAAAGGUGAUCCGGUUUGAUAAAGCCAACCAGGAGUCCAGCACCGUUGGAUAUGGCUUUUCUGUGGAAGUUGUGGAUGAGGACGGGAUCCAGCAGCUUCAUAUAACUGAAGUCAAAGAAGGAGGACUGGCGUCAGCUGAAGGUUUGAAGGCCGGGGAUGAGAUUCUGUUUGUGAACAGUAAACCCGCGUCUGCUCUCCAAAUGGACGACAUGAGGGCGGCGUUCGCCAACCAGGUGUUGACCUUCGUCGUCAGCACCGUGCCCCGGCUGGACCCUCGCACGCUGACCUCCCUUCCGCCUCGGCGCUCGGAUGGGGAGCACGACCAGGCCACAGACAUCUUCUCCCAGAGCCAGGAGGACAUCCUGGAUGAGGUGUCUGGGUUGACGGUGCAGAGUCCAAACGACACUUUGGACGGAGGGCCUCGGCUGAGCCUGCAGAUGUCUGGAAAUCAUCAGGAAGACAAAACCUGCAGAGGAACUGGACAGAAGAGCACAGAGCAGGUCGCUGCUUUCUGCCGCAGUCUCCAUGACAUGAAUCCCCAGGAGUGCCCCAUGUCGUCGUCCUCCUCCUCCUCGUCUUCGUCGCUCUCCCCGAGCCCCGUGUCGGCGCUGCCGCCGGCCGGAGCGGCGGCCGCCCAGAGACAGCUCUCCCACGCAGACAAGCUCCGCAAGGUUAUCAACGAGCUGGUGGAGACCGAGAACACUUACGUCAAAGAUCUGAACUGCCUCAUAGAGCGCUACUUGAUGCCUCUGCAGAAGGAGAGCUUCCUGACACAGGAUGAGCUGGAUGUCUUGUUCGGAAACCUCGGGGAGAUGGUGGAGUUCCAAGUGGAGUUUCUUCGAACGCUGGAAGAUGGAAUUAAACUGGUGCCAGAUCUGGACAGGUUGGAAAGAGUGGAGCAGUUCAAGAAAGUGCUCUUCUCCUUGGGUGGUUCCUUCCUGUAUUAUGCCGAUCGCUUUAAAAUCUACAGCGCCUUCUGUGCCAGCCACACCAAGGUCCCGAAGGUCCUGGCUAAAGCAAAGACCGACCCAGAAUUCAAGGCCUUCCUGGCUGAGAGGAACCCCAGACAGCAGCAUUCAUCCACGCUGGAGUCUUACCUCAUCAAACCCAUCCAGAGGGUCCUGAAGUACCCAUUGCUGCUGAAGGAGCUCUACUCGCUCACUGACCCUGACAGCGAGGAACACUACCACCUGGACGUUGCAAUGAAGGCCAUGAACAAAGUUGCGAGUCACAUCAACGAGAUGCAGAAGCUUCACGAGGAGUUCGGAGCGGUUUUCGACCAGCUCAUCUAUGAACAGACGGCAGAUAAGAAACAGGUGGCCGACCUCUCUAUGGGGGACCUUUUGCUUCAUUCCACAGUGGUGUGGCUCAACGCUCCAGUCGCUUUGGUCAAGAGCAAGAAGGACCCAGAUCUGGUUGCUUUUGUGUUCAAAACAGCAGUGGUGUUUGUCUACAAAGACGGCUCCAAGCACCGCAAGAAGAUUGGAGGCUCCCACCGAGCCUCGGUGAGCGACGACCGGGAUCCUUUCCGCUUCCGCCACAUGAUAGCGACCGACUCCCUGCAAGUCCGCGCCCCUGCAAACUCCGAGGGAACGGCAGUUUCUGAGAUAGUUCAUACAAGGUCUGAAUCUGAAGGGAGGCCGGAGAGGACCUUCCAGCUGUGCUUCAGGUCACCAGACAGUAAGAAGGACUUCCUCAAGGCAGUCCAGUCCAUCCUUAGGGAAAAGCAGCGACGGCAGCUCCUGAAGACCGAGUCUCUGCCGCCCAACCAGCAGUACGUCCCGUUCGGGGGGAAGCGCCUGUGCGCCCUCAAAGGGUCGCGUCCCGCCGUGAACAGAGCAGCCUCAGCUCCAUCCCGGGCGCUGACCAGACGGAAGCUGGUGAGGAACCGCGUCACCAUCGACACCGACAUCAUUUACCACGGCAACAACAACAACAACAGCAACGACUCGGAGCGUCCUCCGUGCCGCGCCCCCCACUCGCCGUCCUCCCAGCAUGCCCUCCUCCGCUCCCACAAGCCCCGGGGCGAGGACACCGACCGCUGGCUGGAGGAGCAGUUCGACCUGGGUUGCUACGACGACAGCGGCGAGGCCAUCGACAUGGGGCAGAUGAAGGAGACCGACAUCCUGAGCGACGACGACGAGUACUGCAAGUCCGUCCGGGCCGCGUCGGCGGAACCGGCCGAUCUGGAGGCGAAGCUGCAGGGACUGGACCUGCGGGACCGCGAGGCCGACAGAACGAAGCCCGGUGACGAUUCAGGCUCUUUGGACUCGUUGACCUCGGCCGGCGGCUCCGCGUCCCGCUGCGCGGCCCCCGCGGUGAAGCUCGCCCCCCUGAAGCAGUGUGCUGCAGAAGGGGCCGCCAACAAAGACCAUGAGGUCAUCUGGGUGCGGAGGGAUGAGUUUGCUAACGGGUACAAAAGUGACGUCUUCUGAUGAAUAAAAGUGGUGUCUUGCACUUUUUACAUAUGAGUGGAGGAAGUUUGGGAGGAACCCGUACGCAAGCUUUAAGAAUACAUGAGUUGGACAUAAUAAACCUUAACCAGUCCUCCCAGUUCCACUUCCCUGCAUCUCCCUGUUCUGACAAUCCUGAGUAGUACUGAGUCCAGAGAUUCUCACCCUGAGCUGCUUAAAUGUGAAAUACAAAGGCAUUACACGCACCCGUGGAACGUGAACGCACCGUAUGGACGAGACGGCACCGCACGUGCACGUGCACACACGCACAAACACACACACACACACACACACACACACACACAAGCGUGUGUACAGUAAAUCCACCGCAGGCGGAAGCACAGACACGGAGACUCCAGGCAGCUAACGGAGCACAAAGAGACGGCUUUGAUGAACUUUGACCUUUUGGCCAGAAAAUGUCUAUUUUUCAACGCAGGAAUGUGGCUGUUCUAUUUUUCUGAGUCAGGAACCGUGUUUGUACUUUACCACUCAAGGGCUUUUGGCUUCCGAGCGCUGUGGGGGAGACGGCGGCGUCCAGCUUUUAACUUCAUAUCAGCUGCACAGUGCCGUCGACCUCUUGUAUAAAGGCUCACUUUGCCCCUAAGCAAAUCCUUGUUAAACCUGGUUUGGACGAGAUAGUUGACAUAUUGUUUAUUUAAUUCUUAACUUUCUGCUGUAACUUUUGAUGUUUACACCUCGGACAAAUCCCCAGUGUUACCAACCAUCAUUCACGUGUUUGCUUUCAGAAACCGGCUGAAGGAUGAAGACACUUUCACCCUUCACACGAAUGUUUCGACCCCGUUGACGACUAGCGUAAUAAUGAAUCCCUACAACGAUCCUGUGCUACUUGAAUACUCAUUGUUUUGAAAGGAGCCAUGUCAGUGACCGUACUGUAACUGCAAGGAGAUAUUUACAUGCAGUAAACCCCGAGAUUCUCCCCUUCGACCUUGGUCGCGUCGUGUCUGCAUCCCAGCCGGAAACAAGACGGACCUCGCAUCUGUUUGACAUGGUCUGUGACUGUACUUCCACUCCACCCCCUCAGCAUUUCUUGCUCUGUCCACCAGGCUGUACUGUUUCACUGUCUCCGCACUGAGAUACAUGCACACCUUAGUGGAAGCAACAUGCACUUAAAACCUAACUGUGAGGCGGGCGGGGGCAGACUCCCAGUUACAGUGUGAGGGGUGGAUUCGUAUUGUGUUUCUGUUCUGAUACUGGUUUCGUAGGUUUUUAGCUUAGUGGGCGGUGACGUUGGAGCUGAGGUACAAUCACUUGGCAUUGGAGGUAAAUCCUGGGAGAACCCCUUUGACUACUCCCUUUGUACUUUUAAAACUGUGUUUGUAUAGAAAACCGUUGAGUAUCAUAAUUUUUAUGUCAAAAUAAAUUCUCUACAUUUA